GAAUUAACUAAACCGUUGAUACAUUACAAAAUUUAAAUUUCAAUUACAAAGUAAAAAUUACAUGCUGUGCAAGUAAUGCUAGAAACGCGUUCGGCUGUUUAUAAAAUGUUAGAAGUUGCGCGGUAUGAUAGACAGAUCGAUAAUUGGCCGCCACCAUUUUCAUCCGACAUCACGCCAUACAAUGAAACAAACUUCAGUACGCUUGUUAGGCGAUCAUGUGCGUCGAAAAGUUUGUCUCUGAGAAUUUCGAAAACGAUAAUAGUAGGAGACGUUUCUGUCGGAAAAUCAUGUUUAGUGAAUCGAUUUUGCCAUAAAACAUUUGAUGCUAACUACAAAGCAACAAUUGGAGUAGAUUUUGAAGUGGAGACAUUUGACAUCCUUGGCAUACCUUUUCAUUUACAAAUAUGGGACACAGCUGGUCAAGAAAGAUUUAAAUCUAUUGCAGCUUCUUAUUACAGGGGUGCAAAUGUGAUUGUUGUUACAUUUGAUUUGAGCAAUUUAAUAUCUUUGGGACAUUGUGAACGAUGGUUAUCCGAAGCUGCCAAAAGUAAUAGAGAACCGUACCAUGUGUUUCUAGUAGGCACAAAACGAGAUUUGUUGUCGAAUCAAAUAUAUAGAAUAAUAGAGAAGAGAGCUAUUGUUGUGGCACAGAAAUUGAAAGCUGAAUUCUGGGCUGUAUCAUCUAAAACAGGAGAUGGUAUAUCAGAAUUAUUCACAAGAAUUGCUGUACUGACUUUCCACUCCAUGGUUUUAAACGAGUUACAAUAUAUCAAACAGAAAAUCAAUAUUGGUUCUGAUUUAAUAACACUUAACAAUCAAACAGAAAAUCUUAAGCAAAGAAGAAAGAAGAACAAAUGCUUUGAAUGUUCUGGAUCAGUUAUAGAAUAUUAAAUAAAGAUAUUAAACAUACGAAAGAAGCAAAACUCCUGUGUAUUAUAAUUCAAACAAUAUCAAUUUGAAUAAAGUAAUACUGUGUCUUAUA